AGCAGCCCAACGUUUAGCUCUCCAGCCUAUAGCGACGUGGAAGGGGUGGGGCUGCAGUUUGGGCUAGGUUGAAGCUGCUGGAAAAGGGUGAGGGGGAGAUCGGUAAUAAGGUUGGAUGGAAAGGGUUCGCAAGGUGCUCUCUAGUUAGAGGGAAGGGGGCGCACGAAGGCUUGACACGUCCUUACUUGGCCUUAUUAAACAGGAAGCGGUUUCUGGUUUGUCUUUUUCCAGGACUUGAUGCUGUUUCUUUCGUGGCUCUAUCCUAGAUACCUGAUGGAAGAAAGUGGACUGUCAGCUUAUGGACAAACAGGCAUUUCUGAGCACUCUUCUGGGUAGUUCUUUGUACCUCACAAUAUAAGAACAGAAUCUGUAGGCUAUUGAGCUUACUAAUAAGGAUGCCUUAGGAAAAUACCAUGGACAAAUAUAUUAAGGUGCAAAAGAUUGGUGAAGGAUCAUUUGGUAAAGCAAUUCUGGUGAAAUCAAAGGAAAAUGGCAAACAAUAUGUUAUUAAGGAGAUCAAUAUAUCUAAGAUGUCAAAUAAAGAGAGAGAAGAAUCAAGGCGAGAAGUUGCUGUAUUGGCAAACAUGAAACAUCCAAAUAUUGUCCUGUACAGAGAAUCAUUUGAAGAAGGUGGCUGUCUUUACAUAGUGAUGGAUUAUUGUGAAGGAGGAGAUCUGUUCAAAAAAAUUAAUGCACAGAAAGGUGCCUUGUUUUCAGAAGACCAGAUCAUGGAUUGGUUUGUUCAGAUCUGCUUAGCGUUAAAACAUGUACAUGAUAGAAAGAUUUUGCAUCGAGAUAUAAAGUCACAGAAUAUAUUUUUAACCAAAAAUGGCACAAUACAGCUGGGAGACUUUGGAAUAGCUAGAGUGCUCAAUAGUACAGUGGAGCUUGCUCGAACUUGUAUAGGAACACCUUAUUACUUGUCACCUGAAAUCUGCGAGAACAAGCCUUACAACAAUAAAAGUGACAUAUGGGCUCUUGGUUGUGUUCUCUAUGAAAUGUGUACACUGAAACAUGCAUUUGAAGCUGGAAAUAUGAAGAAUUUGGUACUCAAGAUAAUCUCUGGAUCAUUUCCACCUGUUUCUGUACAUUAUUCCUAUGAGCUCCGGAAUCUACUUUCACAGUUGUUUAAAAGAAAUCCUAGGGAUAGACCAUCAGUCACCUCCAUAUUGGAGAAAAAUUUUGUAGCUAAACGCAUUGAAAAAUUUCUUACACCACAGCUUUUUGCAGAAGAGUUCAGCCAUAAAGUAUUGCAGAAGUUUGGACAGCAUGCUGCACCAGUAAAGAGACCAGCUCAAGGACAAAACCUGGCCUCUGCUGCACCUGCUCAGAAAAUUACCAAACCUGCUGCUAAAUAUGGAGUGCCUUUAACCUUUAAAAAAGCUGGAGAUGGAGCUAAAAAGUACUAUGAGAAGCCUUUGCUUAAAUGUAGACAGGCUUGUCCAUGUCCUGUGAAGAAAGGGAAACCAGGAGAAGAAAGGAGGAAAAUGUUUGAGGAAGCUGCUAAAAAGAAAAGGCUAGAAAUUUUGGGAAAGGAAAAACGACAGAGAGAGCAGAUCAGUUUCAUGAAGGUGGAACAGAUGAGAAGGCUUGAGAAAGAAAGGAUGGAUCGAAUAAACAGAGCCAGGGAGCAGGGCUGGAGGAAUGUGCUCAGUGCAGGUGGAAGUGGUGAAACCAAGGCUCAGUGUUUUGGUGGAGGAGGAGGUGUGGUGCCUUUACCUGUGCCAGCUCGAGGACUAUAUGAACACUAUCAUGCUAUUUUUGAUCAGAUGCAACAACAAAGGGAAAACAUUAAAAUAGCAGAGGGAAAAGAGGCUGAACUGAGAGAAAAGCAAGCUCCAGAGUCUGUUGACAGAGGACUUCCACCUGGAGUUCAUCCAGGAGUUCCUAAUGGGCCUGCAGGUCACCAUCAUUCACCUGAUGCUGAUGCAAUUAGGAAAAGAGUGAAAAGAUUGGAGGAAGUGUCUAGACAAGCCAGUGCAAACAGGCAGAAGGGAUGGGUGGCUGCAGAAAGAGCUAAACAAGUUGAAGAGUUCUGGCAGCGGAAGCGAGAAGCAUUGCAAAACAAAGCUCGCGCUGAAGGACAUAUGGAUACACUGCAAAACCUGGCAGCUAUCUAUGGAGGCAGGCCCAUUUCUUCAAGAGGAAAGAAAGCCAGAAACAAGGCGGAAGAGGAGUACUUGGCAAGGCUGAGACAAAUUAGACUUCAAAAUUUCAAUGAACGUCAGCAGAUUAAAGCUAAACUUCGUGGACAAAAGAAUGAAGCUGGAGGUUCUCCUGUACACGAACUAAGUGAAGAAGCAGAAAUAAGGCGUAAAAAAAUUGAAGCGCUAAAGGCACAAGCAAGUGCCCGGGCUGCAGUCCUAAAAGAACAGCUGGAACGAAAAAGAAAAGAGGCUUACGAAAGAGAGAAGAGAGCUUGGGAAGAACAUCUUGUAGCCAAAGGGAUAAAGAAUCCUAUGGGAGUUGCAGAAUUAAGUCCCACACAUGGCAAACAAGAAGCUGGAGGUUCUCCUACCAGGCUGUCAAAGCCCAGUUCACCUCAAGUCAUCUCCAUGACAUCAGCUUUGAAGGAAGUGGGUGCGUUAAAGGAUGCAAAUGCUGAUGCCUCUCAGGAACCUUCAGCAGAAAUAGAACCUGAUGUGGCUGUUCAAAACAAGCGACAAAUACUCCGAAGACUGAAUCAAAACCUUAAAGCUCAAGAAGAUGUGGAAGAGCACAGUGAGCCUCAAUGCAAUGAUGAGGUAGCUGUGGCUGAUGAAAAUAACCAGCCUCAAGAAGAGAAGUGUUUGCUUUUAGCUGAUCGCAAGAAGUGGGAGGCAGGGGCUCAACUUGUGGUUCCUCUAGCUCAGUUAACGAUGGAAGGAUCCUUCUCAGGGACAGAAGCACAGACAAUUGGGGAGGUUAUUAAGCUUGAUGUUGCUGAUCCUCAGCGAAAAGUCUGGGGCAAAAGCCCAACCGACUCAGUACUGAAGAUACUAGGAGAGGCUGAAUUGCAGCUUCAGACUGAUCUACUAGAUGACUUAAGCAUUACCAAUGAAAUACCAAAAGAAACGUUAACAGUCAGAGAAAAUAGCGAACUGAGAAAAGCAACUCCUGGUGGAGAGGAAUCAUCACCUGAAGGAGCUAAUAGUGAAAUAAUAACUGCCGGAAGCAUUCCUGCACCAGACUUCACAUGCUUGUCUCCCAGACAUGACCUGAUGGAUGAGCCUGAUGAUUUGGAAACUGAAUUGUUGGUAGAGCUCAAAGAAAAUAAAUGCAAUGCAAAUGCAUUCCCUGUUGUCGAAGAAGUGUGGGUUAAAGAAAGGGAAGAAGUCGAGGCAACAGUGCCAUUGGAUCACACUGAUAGUGACCAGUAUGACAACAAUGAAGAGCCAACCUCAGAAGAAAGAAUAUUUAAAAAGAUAACACAGCAUGAUGAAGCUUCAAUAGAUACUGGUCUCAGUGAUUCAUUGCAUCAUGAGCCCUUUUUCCAGAAGGUGGCACAGUAUCAAGCAAUACUAACAGCUUCCCCAGUUCUGUCUGCACAGUCUUCACUUGACGAUUCUCUUCCAACAAGGUCACGUUCUGUAUCACCAGAAAAGACUAGAGGCAAAAACUCACUAUUAAUAGGGCUUUCUACUGGCCUCUUUGAUGCAAACAAUCCAAAGAUGCUGAGAACCUGCUCCCUCCCUGAUCUUUCUAAGCUGUAUAAAACAUUAGUUGAUGUUCCCAGUAUUGCUGACAUACAAAAUCGAGAGAAUCUUGAAAUAGAGGAUAUAGAAGAUGAACCUAUCAAAGAAGGACAGUCUGACUCAGAAGACAUUAUGUUUGGGGAAGCAGACACAGACUUGCAAGAGCUUCAAGCUUCAAUGGAGCAAUUGCUUAGAGAGCAACCUAGCGAGGAAUUCAGUGAAGAGGAAGAAACUACUUUGAAAGCAGAAUGCCUUACGAAUGGUACAGAGGUGGAUGAGGAUGACAACAAUCCCAGUAGUGAAAGUGCUCUUAAUGAAGAAUGGCAUUCAGACAACAGUGAUGGUGAUAAUGCCAGUGAAUGUGAAGAGUAUGAUAGUGUGUUCAGUCAUUUGGAAGAGCUGAGAUGUAACCUGGAGCAAGAAAUUGGCUUUGAAAAAUUCAUUGAAGUUUAUGACAAAUUAAAGGCUAUACAUGAAGAUGAAGAUGAGAACAUUGAUAUUUGUUCAACCAUAGUGCAGAAUAUUUUAGGAAAUGAACACAAGCAUCUAUAUGCCAAAAUUCUCCAUUUAGUAAUGGCAGAUGGAGCUUAUCAAGAAGACAAUGAUCUGCCUUUGUGAAAUUUCAAGCCAAAUAAUUGUGCUGAACAAAAUCUGUACACCUACAGGACACGGUUGGAAAAAGAACAGUUGUUUGUCGGCGCAGGCUUGAAAAGCUUGUUGAAUGCACAAAGGAGAUGGGAAAGCGUGACACUUCUCACUGAAAUGCUGUUUAUAGAUUUCUUUUGACAUGUAUAGCCUCAUUUCAACAGAUAACUGGCAAAAGUUACUUUUAUUUUAAAAUGAACAAGCAGAUAAUAGGUUGACUCAGAAGUGAUUUCAAAGGUUAUCAUGUAUGAGUAAGUCCCUUGUCACAUUAGCUGUAGUUGUUCAACUCUUAAGUAGUUAAAAGAACAACCCAAGAAAAGACCUUUUUAUGUUCUUGGUUUAAAAAAAUAAUCCUGAGUAAUAUUAAUACCACUUUCUGCGUCUUUGCUUCCUAUUCAAGGUGGGUUUUUUUUUUUACUGCUCAGUAGUGGUUUCCUUGAUCUUAAAAAGACUAUUAUAUGGAAGCCACUCACAUUGAAAUUGGUGGGACAUUUCCAUUUGAUGUAUGUUUAGAAACAAGGUAGUCAAAAACUUUGCUUGAUUUUGUGUAUGAAUGUGUGUGUGUGCACCAGGUCAUUUACCAUUUUUUCCUUCAAAUCAAAGCCCACCAGUGUGUCAUAUUCAAAACUUGAUAUUUCUAUGAGGUUGGAGUCAGAAAGAGGUUCUACUACUUUCUUCUAUAAACAAUAGCAGUUUGAAUAGUGAAAGUGUCUCUCAUGAUAGCAACACAACUGGGACAAGCCUGCUGCUCCCUUUUUGUCCAGUAAUUGGGACCCUCCCUGCAGUGACUGAGAUGAAAGUAAAUACAAAGGUUGUGUGUCUGCUUUGAAAGAAGAUAUGCAUCUGGCAGCUGGAUUUUCCAGAGGAACCAAGAUCUAUUAAUUUCUGUUUAUUUGCAUGGGCUGGCUCUCCUUGAGAAGAAGGGAUAGUUUAUGGGGAGACAGAUGAAUUCCUGCAAGGUGACAACUUAAAAUAUUUCUGGUAUGCAAUUGGUGAAUUGUUGGCUAGAUGGAUCACCUGUAAUGUUUAACCUCCAGUUAUUCUGUUGAAAGAAGUAACUUUACAUUCCCCAGCUAACAGUGUCAGGAGGAAAGUGUGUGUGUGUGUGAGAGAGAGACUUAGUGUUUUUAAGCACUAAAUUAAACGUUAUGUUUUAUUUCUAACCAAACAAAAUAAAUGAUCUUUUUGUACAA